CCUUGAUUUGAAAUAUGAACAGAUCCAGACAACAAAGACAAACAAUCCCUCCAUUAAUUUAUUUCUAUCCUCUAACUCCCUUUACUACUUCUAGAAUCCCAAGUUUCUCCCUCCAUGGAGAAGAGGCAUUGUCAUCCGUCUUCUCUCCAUAACUCAUCGCCGCAGGAACUCCUCUCCUCAGCCACAGAACUCAAUCUCAAAGUCAAAUCCUCAAAACGAACACUCAAAUCCUUAAUCCACUCUAUCCCCUCCUCUUCUCCUCUAUCUUCCUCCCUCCCUCCCUCUCUGCAUACUUUCAUUUCCGAUUCUAUCCUUUCCUUCCGCCACCCCACCAGCCCCCCUCCCUCUAAAAAACGCCGUCGAUCCGGCCGUAAAAAUAAUACCGAUGAGGAAGCCGCUCUCAACCUCCACAAACAACCACAACAACAUAAUCUCGAGAAGCUCCACCUUCUUGCUCACGUUGCUUUUCUAUGCGUUUCGCAUCCCAAGAAGGUGUUUUCGCCUCGGGAUCUGUUGCCAUCUGUUCAGUUGCUUCAUGACAAUUUGGUCUUUUUUGAGUCGGAUUCGAGUUUGUUGUUGGAGAUAUCGAAUUUAUGUGAGGUUUAUUGGAGGGAGAAUUUACAGGGGAGAGAAAUGUUGAUUUCACAGUCUUUACCAUUUCUGGUUUCGCGGUCUUUGACAUUGAAGAAGAAAGUGGACGUUCAUAGAGUUUAUGCUUUACGUGAGGCUUUUACUUUGUUUGAUUUCGAGGAUGAGAGCAUUGAGGAUUUGAAGAUGUUGUUGAUUCGGACUGUGAUUGCGCCGAUUUAUCUGAAGACUGAGGAUGGGAGGAAGUUCUUGGGGUUUAUUUUUGGGUUGAGUAUGCAGUUAAUGAAGGAGGCAUUGGCGAUGAUAAAGUCUCAGAUUGCAUUUGGUAGGAAGUCCAUCCUGGAAGCAUAUGGAGUGGUGUUGUUUCGGGCAUGGAAAGGGGUUGAUGGGGUUUUGAAGAAGGAGUUUGAGGGUGGGUUCCUACAGGGUUUGAUUGAGGGCUCGAUAUAUGCGAAUUCCAGGGUGUUUGCAGCUUCUGUGAGGAGGGUUUUGGGUGGGUUUGUUAGUCAAAGGAUUACUGAUGAGGUUGAAAAGUUGCUUUUUCGGCUUGCUGAGCCUGUGAUAUUUCGGUCCCUCCAGGUUGCCAAUUCAAAUGUUCGUCUUAAUGCAUUGCAUUUACUUUUAGAUUUUUUCCCUCUUGAAGAUCCUGAUGCCAUGAAAGAAGUAAAAGAUACACUGCUUGAUAAGCAGUUCUUUUUAAUGGAGAGAUUGAUCAUGGACGAUUGUCCAGAUGUAAGAGUUGUUGCAGUAGAAGGUUGUUUUCGUGUCCUUCAUUUAUUUUGGGAAAUCAUCCCCUCAUCAACCAUUACAAAGCUGCUUACAAAAAUAUUUGAUGACAUGUCACACGAUAUAUGCAAUGAGGUUAGGCUUUCAACGGUGAAUGGCACCAUUUAUUUGCUUGGAAAUCCACAGUCUCAUGAAAUUCUUAAAGUUCUUCUACCAAGAUUGGGGCAUCUGAUCCUGGAUAGUGCUCUUUCUAGUCGUGCUGCUGUCAUGGAUCUCCUCCUCCUUAUAAGGGAUAUCCGAUCCUUUCAAUUUAAUAAGGUGGUUGGUUUAGAUGUGUUAUUAUCAACACUUGCAAAUGAUCAUUCUCAGGUUGCACAGAAGAUUGCUAGAUUGCUUAUACCAUCAUACUUUCCCUCAAAAGUUAGCAUCGAAGAGGCAUGCAAUCGUUGUGUCACUCUUAUUAAAAGGUCUCCCAUGGCUGGUGCAAGGUUUUGUGAGUUUGCCAUGUUAGAGGGGGCAUCUCCCAAGUCUCUCAUGGAGCUUGUCAGAGUGUUGAUCGGUUUGGUUUUGUCAAAUGAAAAACUACAUGCAGAUCAGAUUGAGGGUUUACUUACUGCCGCUGCCUCCCUAUGCAACAAUCUAGUCAGUGAGCCUUGCUAUAAGAAUGCCCUUAAAGAGUUUUUCACCGGUGGAAAAGUAAAGUGCUUGUUUGCUGCUGCAUCCACUGGGCAUGCUCAACCAUCUGUACUCAACAUUUGUUCCGUUGUUUCUCCUGAUGAUGUUGCUGGGCUUGUUGAAGAAUGCAUGAGCCUAGUUACUAAUUGUUGCGGAUUACCAAAUAAUGUGGAAAUGCAAGCUAAAGUAAGGUCCGCUCACAGAUUAUUGUUGUCUUAUAGUGGCUUUGAUGAUAUGUUCGAUUCUUUAACAAGGCUUUUGCAAAGAGCUGCCUAUCGUUGCCAUGUUAAAUUUGGAGUUGAAAUACCAAAGCAGAGAGUUUCCCCUGGGAAAAGGAAAAAAUGCAAGUCCUCAGUCAAAAUCUCAGCCAAGAGGAAGCAUGUAGGUGGGAAAAAUUCAACCACUUUUGAGUAUGAUUACUCAAUUGCUGUUGGAAUUGCCUGCCAGAUUAAAGACCUGGUUGUUUCUGAGGACUCUCGGGAAGCUAUUUUACGGUCCCAAGCUCUAGAAUCGUCAUUUCUUGCUCUGAAGGUCAUUUCAGAGGUCAGCAUUGAGCACUGCAUCUCCUGCGAGUAUAUGGACACAUCACCUGUUUUGGCGUAUUCAGGUCUUGCCUUGCAUAUGAGUCUUCAAAACGUAAGCAUUAGUACAAAUGAUAGUGGCAGCAAGAACAGUGAGGGGACUGACUCUUCAUCAAUUUUGGAGACUGUGUUGGACCAGACAGUGGAUCACCUUCUUAAUUGUAUUGAUAAGCUGCUCGGAGAAGUUAACAUUGGGGAAACUCAAGCAGACGCAUCUAUUUCAAAUAAUGAUGGAUCUCUCUCUACCAAAGAAAGGGGGAUGUCAAAUAAGGUGAAGAUGCUUACUGCAGUGCUAAAGCUCAUAGUUGAUUCCAUUGCAAUGGGCCUUCUAUCUCGCAUUCAUGGAAGGUGCUUGAACUUUACGUCUGCAUAUUUAAAACACAUCAUCUUUGCAUUAGAGCACCAAUCUAGUGAAAAACUGCAAUUUAAGGAGGAUGAGUUGAAAGAUUGUUUUCUGUGUCUGAAGAGCUCCUUCAGUUAUGCAGCCAAGUUACUCAAUCUGAUCCUUCGUGACACCAGUGAAACUUCACCACUACUGCCAGAAGCUUUUGAUCUUGUCAAUGAUAUGCUUGAUCUAAUCACCUCAAUUGAAUUGCACUUAGGCUCUGGUUUUGCAGCAGGCCUGGUUGCUGCAGCCAAGUCUUGGCUGCCUGAUCUGAUUCUUGCAUUGGGAUCUCCGUGCAUGCUAAACAAGACUCAAGUAGCAAGCGCAUAUAUAACUGCAUUAGAUUGCAUUAAGUCUGGUUAUCCAUCGUGGCCUAUAAUUUUAGCAAAGACUGAGCUUUAUGAAAUAAGAGAAGCUAACCCAGAAGAGGAGGAUGAUAUAACUUCCGAACCAGAAGAAUUCCGUGCGUUUAAGAAAUUCAUGGAAAUGAUAGUUUCACUAUUGAAGGGGAAGUUUAACAUUCUGGAUGCAGUUGGAGUGAUUUUAUUGACUGGCUCAGUUGUUGGCCUUGAAAGGAAGGACUUUGGAGUAGUAUUGGGACUUGUACAUUUUGUCUGUGUGAAGUUAGUUGGAGAAGAAGACAGGGAAUGGAAUGAACUGGAUAUGAUGUUGGCUUCUCUGCCAGACAUCUACCCUCAGAUCGAGAGAGGGAUUGAGGAACAGAGUGACGAAAAUGCAAGGCAAAAAUUAUGCAGUGCCAGGAUGUUGCUUGACCAUGUUUGGUUUUACCAUCUUUAUGAAACCGGGAGAUUUUCUGCUAUGAAAGAAUAAAUGGAACUUCUGUAAGAAAUUUUAUAUUUUAAAUUCUAUGCUGAGUAUAAGCGUUGCAUCCCAUUUUAUUUCA